AUGGUUUUGGCAAAGUUGACGGUUGCUCUUGCGCUCCUUGGGGAGGCGUCUGCUAUUCAAUUGCCCCUUUCCUUGCCAAAGAUCCCACAUAUUCCAAAUGCGGUGACCGAGCGGAAACUGGUUGACUCGGCCUCGCUCCAGGAACGGAUCGAUCCAGACAAUCUGCUGGCCAGAGCCAAGGCGUUGUUUGAAGUCGCCGGAGCUUCCGUGGAUGAAUAUAACCAUCCUACGCGGGUUAUUGGAAGUGAGGGACACCGCGGAACACUUGACUACAUCUACGAGACGAUCCAUGGCUUGGGUGAUUACUACCACAUCUCCAGACAGGACUUUCCGGCUGUUACUGGCAAUGUCUAUGAAUCUCGCCUUGUCCUCGCCCACGAUGUGCCCAAGUCCGCUCAACCCAUGGGCUUGACGCCUCCAACCAAAGAUCGUCAACCAGUGUACGGGUCUCUAGGUCUAGUCUCAAAUUUCGGGUGUGCGGAGUCAGAUUUCCCCGAUCUUACGAAUAAGAUUGCGUUUAUCAGCCGUGGAACCUGCCCCUUCGGUACCAAGUCCGAACUGGCGGGGAAGGCGGGUGCGGUCGCGGCGGUGGUCUACAAUAAUGAGGAGGGCCCGCUAAGUGGAACCUUGGGCACGCCUACUCCCGACCAUGUGGCCACCUUCGGAAUCUCCGAUAAGGAUGCUGCCCCAUACCUCAAGCAGUUGAGACACGGGGAGAAUGUCGACGGCAUUGCCUAUAUGGAUGCGGUCGUUAACACAAUUACAACGACGAACAUCAUUGCCCAAACCACUGAGGGCGAUUCGGAGAACUGUGUGAUGCUGGGUGCCCACAGCGACAGCGUCGAGGCCGGCCCUGGAAUCAACGAUGACGGAUCCGGCACUCUGAGUCUGUUGGAGGUUGCAACCCAGCUAACAAACUACCACGUUAACAACUGUGUUCGCUUCGCCUGGUGGGCAGGUGAGGAAGAGGGUCUCCUCGGCUCGGACUACUACGUCUCCGUCCUUCCUGCUGAUGAGAACCGGAAGGUUCGUCUGUUCAUGGACUACGAUAUGAUGGCUGGUCCAAACUUUGCCUACCAGAUCUACAACGCUACUAAUGCUGCGAACCCGGUUGGAUCAGAGGAACUACGAGAUCUGUAUAUCGAUUUCUACGAAUCGAAUGGGCUGAAUUAUAUGUUCAUUCCGUUCGACGGACGCAGUGACUAUGACGCAUUCAUCAAGAACGGUAUUCCUGGCGGUGGCAUUGCAACUGGGGCGGAAGGGAUCAAGUCCAAGGAGGAAGAGGAAAUGUUUGGUGGACAAGCUGGUGUUGCAUACGACCCAUGCUAUCACCAACUCUGUGAUGAUGUGAGCAAUCUCAACCUGACCGCCUGGGAAUGGAGUACAAAGCUCAUUUCCCACUCCGUGGCUACCUAUGCAUUGUCUUUUGAUGGUUUCCCCGAACGGACGGAGGUUGAGGGCAAGACCUUGCUGGGUGCGCCAACCAAAUACCAUGGACAUUUGCUGCACAUGUGA